CACGGGGAGCUCUGUUCUUGCGGCGACCUCCGAUGUUAACAGCUUUGCCCCUGGUGGAAGUAGUGCAGACAAAGAUUCGGGCUCUACUACAUCUUCCGCAAAGAAGACUCCGAAGAACAAGUCAGCUGUUCCUCCUUCCUUCCACUCUCGCACUUUCUCCGAUGCGUUUGUUUUUCAGGUGGUCUUCCCGAAACUGGCGCAGCACAACUGGUACCUGAAUAACACGACUGAGCAAAAUGAAAAAGCCGUGAAGGAAUAUUUCAAAUCCAAGGACCCCCGGAAGCUGUUCCAGGCACUGGUGAGAAACGACGUGCAGUACUUCGUUCCCUUGCGGGUCAUGCUGGAAAGCUUGGAUUCGGCUCUGGCAGCGACGAUGAGCGGAGGAGAUGUUGCGGGUGAGCCACGACGUCGGCAAGACACAAACUCGUCUUCAUCAGGAGUGAGGCGGAGGAGCAGUGUGAGCCCGGGAGGUGGGAGGAGAUCGGGAUUUUCAUCCCGAGGUCUUGCAAAUUCCAGUAGGAAAGAACAAAACCAAAAACCGCCCUCCCAGCGGAAGCUCCUCGAACAGGAGAUGGAGCUGAUCUC